GUGCCAACUCUUGCCUCCUUGAUCUUUUGAUCUCCCAUUGCAUUCUUACAUACACCCUACCACGUUCCUUCCUUUACUCUUCCAAAUCUCUCUUCAUUCAUUAAAUUCCCCCACAACAUAAACCUAAAUUCCCCCAUUAAUUUCCUUCAACUAAUAUUACCUUCUGAUCUCAUCCCUCUCUUCCAAUCCCGUUAUUUAAUCAUGGGCCAAGACAAUUUCACGGCCCAAAAAAGGUCCUCCGCCGUCAAUCCUGGCGGCACUCUUCCUACCACCACAUUAUCCUCCAGUAUGGGACGUUUACGUGGGCCACGCGGCCGUCAAAUUGCUAAAACAGUAAACAACAUUAAGAUCACUAUCUUAUGUGGGUUUGUAACCAUUUUGGUUCUUCGAGGAACUAUAGGGUUGAAUCUUGGUACUACAAAAAUUGAUGCGGAAAAAGAGCGUCUUGAAGAAGAAGCUAGAAGGGUUAUUGCUGAGAUUCGAUCUGAUGGUGCUGAAUCUGAUGAUGGACCUCCUUUUAAUCCCAAUGUUACAUUCACUUUUGGGCAAAAAAUUCUAAAUUGGGAUCAACAAAGGAAAGAAUGGCUUGAAUUGAAUAAAGGGUACCCGAAUUAUGUAAAUGGAAAACCUCGGAUGUUGUUGGUAAGUGGGUCUCCUCCUACUCCUUGUGAUAACCCAAUUGGGGAUCAUUAUUUGCUUAAGGGUAUUAAGAAUAAAGUUGAUUAUUGUAGGCUUCAUGGGAUUGAAAUUGUGUACAAUAUGGCUCAUUUAGAUAAGGAUCUUUCUGGGUAUUGGUCUAAAUUGCCUUUAAUUCGACGUUUGAUGUUAUCUCACCCUGAAAUUGAGUGGAUUUGGUGGAUGGAUAGUGAUGCUUUAUUUACUGAUAUGGUUUUUGAAAUUCCUAUUAAAAAGUAUGAGGAUUUUAAUUUAGUUAUUCAUGGUUACCCUGAUUUGUUGUAUGAGAAAAAAUCUUGGAUUGCUUUGAAUACUGGUAGUGUUUUAUUUAGAAAUUGUCAAUGGACUUUAGAUUUGCUUGAUACUUGGGCUCCCAUGGGUCCUAAAGGUCCUACUAGGGAUGAAGCAGGGAAGAUAGUGACUGCAUUUUUGAGUGGGAGACCGGCUUUCGAAGCUGAUGAUCAAUCUGCUUUGAUUUACUUGUUGAUUUCUCAGAAAGAUGUUUGGAUGAAUAAGGUGUUUGUGGAGAAUUCAUAUUAUUUACAUGGGUUUUGGACUGGAUUAGUGGAUAGGUAUGAGGAGAUGUUGGAGAAGUAUCAUCCUGGUUUAGGUGAUGAAAGGUGGCCAUUUGUGACACAUUUUGUGGGUUGUAAGCCUUGUGGGAGUUAUGCUGAUUAUCCGGCUGAGAAAUGUUUGAAGAGUAUGGAGAGAGCUUUCAAUUUUGCUGAUAAUCAGGUGUUGAAGUUGUAUGGAUUUAGGCAUAGGGGUUUGUUGAGUCCAAACAUCAAGAGGACGAGGAACGAGACGACUACACCUUUGGUGUAUGUCGAUCAGUAUGAUGUUCGACAUGGCGGCCUGAAGUCGUGAUAUACUACGAGUUUUCCUUGUCGAGGGCAAUGUAAGCGAACCUUGUCGCCUUCGGUACCAUGUGUGACAGUGUGAGGCUUAACUCACGCAAUCGUCGAGGGCUCCAGGGAGCCCUUGACAGUAAAGGAGAUUUUGAUGCUUACAGUUGAUGUUCUGUUCUCCAUCUUGUAUGUGGAAUGGAAAACACAUGGUUUUGACUAAAAAGGAAAGUUGGUAUUAGUUCCUCAUUCUUUAUACAGAUUGUAUUCAUAUUUUCAUGAAGUAAAUUGUCAAUUUGUUACACGAUCUUGUAGUUUGGUUGUUAGUACUUUGUCCUGAAAGGAAUCUAUGACUAAAUAUAAGACUAUUUUCUACCUUUUUUGGCAAAUGGUAAUGGUGAGUUACAUUGUUCUUGUUACAAAUAU